GCCUGGAGGAACCGGUAACCCUGGUGGUUUUGUGCGUACAGACAAACAGGAAGUCGGGCUCGCCCGCUGCUCUGCAACUAGUCGUGUUAGUUUUUAGUUUUGCAGCUUGCAGCCAUUUUUUACAAAAUAUAGGAGUGAGCAAAGGGUUAGUCCCCUCCAUGCAUGGCAUCUCGCAGUGAAAGCCUCCAGUCCGCCGGGACCUCCUCAGCCUUACAGAAACUAGAAGGUUUUGCAAACAGACUGUUCCAUCGAAAUGGGAAGAGCAGCGUGCAGGAGCAGAGAGCGGCCCCAGAGGGCGAGGGCCAGCCGGCGUCGGAGUGCACCUUACAAUGGGACCGUGCAAUGAAAGAGUUUCUAGCCAAAGCCAAAGAAGACUUUUUACGAAAAUGGGAAAGUCCGCCCCAGAACACCGCCGGCCUAGAUGACUUCGAGAGGAUAAAGACACUGGGCACUGGCUCGUUUGGGAGAGUAAUGUUGGUGAAGCAUAAAGGAGCCGAUCAGUAUUACGCCAUGAAGAUCCUGGAUAAGCAGAAGGUGGUAAAACUGAAGCAGAUAGAACACACGCUGAACGAGAAGAGGAUAUUACAAGCAGUCAACUUCCCUUUCCUGGUCAGGUUGGAGUAUUCCUUCAAGGAUAAUUCAAAUUUAUAUAUGGUUAUGGAAUAUGUGCCUGGGGGUGAAAUGUUCUCGCAUCUAAGAAGAAUCGGAAGGUUCAGCGAGCCCCACGCACGGUUCUAUGCAGCUCAGAUAGUUUUAACAUUCGAGUACCUCCAUUCGUUAGACCUCAUCUACAGAGAUCUCAAACCAGAAAAUCUCUUAAUUGACCAACAAGGAUAUAUUCAGGUCACAGACUUUGGGUUUGCCAAGCGAGUAAAGGGAAGAACUUGGACAUUAUGUGGAACCCCAGAAUACCUGGCACCAGAAAUUAUUUUGAGCAAGGGCUAUAAUAAAGCAGUCGACUGGUGGGCAUUAGGUGUGUUAAUCUAUGAAAUGGCGGCUGGUUAUCCUCCAUUUUUUGCUGAUCAGCCCAUUCAAAUAUAUGAAAAAAUUGUUUCUGGAAAGGUACGGUUUCCAUCCCACUUCAGUUCAGAUCUUAAAGACUUGUUAAGGAAUUUGCUGCAGGUAGAUCUGACCAAACGAUACGGGAAUCUGAAGAAUGGCGUCAACGAUAUUAAGAACCACAAGUGGUUUGCCACUACAGAUUGGAUCGCAAUCUACCAGAGAAAGGUGGAAGCUCCGUUCAUACCAAAGUGCAGAGGGCCAGGAGACACCAGCAACUUUGACGACUACGAGGAAGAGGACAUCCGCGUGUCUCUCACCGAGAAAUGUGCAAAAGAAUUUGCUGACUUUUAGGAUGAUGCUUGUUAGGACGACAAUGCCAUCAGGGCUCACAUUGGGAUCUUUGCACUCUCUGUUUUCAGAUGGGGUGGAGCUGAAACCAUCUUAUGUCAGAGUUACCUAGUUCCUUCAUUCCGCAAAGCUGACUGAAGCCUAGAGCGCCAUCUUCCACGCGUGCAGUUUUGCACCAACCCUUGUACCCCGGCACAGCAGAGCUCUCUGUGCCGUAACGCAGAAUACUAGACCACUGACCUUGUUCUUGUUUCUCCUCUUCCUGUUUUUUUUUUUCUUCUCCUCCACGUCUUGUAUGUUUUUUCCCUUUCCACCCCCCUCCCCCGCACACACUCGUUUUUAAGUAGUAUUUUUACCCAAUGACACUCCCUUUUUAUUUUUUGGAAAUGUGUUGUGUGUGUGUGUGUGUGACUGCUACGGGAGAUGUUGCACUUAGGAACGUAUAGAAUGCAGAACUCGUUGCCUCCAGUCUGUGC